AGCGAGAUAUGUCACUCCCGGAUCGAUCGCCCAAAAUUUGUCGGAUUUUCUCAUUUGCUCAUUUUCUUGUUCCAAGGGUUCUGAUUGGAUAGGCGUGAUGUAAGCUUUAAAAGUCGUGAAGGCAUCUGCUCCGUGUGGUUGCAGUAACGUUGAAGGAGAUUGAUGGAAUGCUUUCAACUAAGGCAUCGCCCUAGGGAUCACCAACAACCAAUCUUGACGGUACACUCAGCGAUGCUCCUGUGUAAUGUACUCGUCGAACAGGCUUGGCAUGUUUUCGGCAAUCGUGGUAUUGUCACUAUAUGCGAGUAUGAUCUUCGCGGUUUCGUCCUCAACAUCUGUAAGCUUGUAUGUUAUACCGUCUCCCAGAGUCAUAAGGUCUGGCUUCCAGAUGCAGUCUUCGCUGUUGAAAACAGUGUCUUCCGGACUCAUCUUGCUGGCAAAGCUGUAUCCAGCACCUGUGUACAAAAAGUUGUUUACGGCUGCGCAAUGGCAGACCGUGCGUGUGCCAUUCGAACUCCAGGCGUGAACCAGCGUUUUGCACUUUCCAUCUUUGUGAGACCGAGCCUGCAGGUUCCAGUC